AUGGAAGUAAGUGCGGAUCAGCCACGAUGGAUGAGCCAUCAUCCCGCGGUGCUGAACGAGCAGCAUCCCGGCUCACAUCACCCGGGCCUCGGCCACUCGUACAUGGACCAUUCGCAGUAUCAGCUGGCUGACGAUGUGGAUGUACUCUUUAAUAUCGAUGGACAGGGGAACCACGUCUCUCCGUACUAUGGAAACUCUGUCCGCGCCGUCCAGAGGUACCCUCCUCCUCCGCACACCAGGUGUUGCCGUCCCUCGUUACUGCACGGCUCCCUGCCCUGGCUGGAGGGGAGCAAAGGCAUCGCGCCGCACCACAGCACUUCCCCCUGGAACCUGAGCCCCUUCCCCAAACCCCUGCACCACGGCUCCCCGGCCGGCCUGUCCGUCUACCCCCCGGCCUCCUCCUCCUCACUGUCCACCGGUCACACCAGCCCGCACCUCUUCACGUUCCCCCCGACCCCGCCGAAAGACGUGUCCCCGGACCCGGGCAUCUCCACCCCGGGCCCCAGCAGCAGCUCCCGGCGGCAGGAGGACAAGGAGUGCAUAAAGUACCAGGUGACCCUGGCCGAGAGUAUGAAACUGGAGUCGACUCACAGCCGGAGCGUGGCAUCAAUCGGCGCAGGGUCAUCCUCUGCCCACCACCCCAUCGCCACAUACCCUCCCUAUGUCCCCGAAUACGGCCCCGGCCUCUUCCCACCGAGUAGCCUGAUAGAAGGUAGAGAGUGUGUGAACUGCGGGGCCACGUCGACUCCGCUGUGGAGGCGGGACGGUACGGGUCACUAUCUGUGUAACGCCUGCGGACUCUAUCACAAGAUGAACGGGCAGAAUCGCCCUCUCAUCAAACCCAAGCGGCGGCUGUCCGCAGCCAGACGGGCAGGGACGUCAUGCGCCAACUGCCAGACGACAACGACGACGCUGUGGCGGAGAAACGCCAACGGGGACCCGGUGUGUAACGCCUGCGGCCUGUACUAUAAACUGCACAAUAUCAACCGACCUCUGACCAUGAAGAAGGAAGGCAUCCAGACCAGGAACCGGAAGAUGUCCAGCAAGUCCAAGAAGAGCAAAAAGUCCCAGGACAGCAUGGACGACUUCUCCAAGAGCCUGAUGGACAAGAGCAGCUCCUUCAGCCCGGCCGCCCUGUCCCGCCACAUGUCCUCCUUCCCUCCCUUCUCGCACUCCGGCCACAUGCUGACCACCCCGCUGACCACCCCCACACCCAUGCACCCCUCCUCCAGCCUCCCGUUCCCCCCCCACCACCCCUCCAGUAUGGUCACGGCCAUGGGUUAGACGUCCCCCCGCGCCCCUGAACCCACGGCCUCGCCACCUCCACGCCCCUCGGUACCUCUGCUGACCUGCUUCCCAAAAAGACAAAUCCUCGGCCCGACCCACGCCCCCCUGUCCCGCCACCGAGCUGCGGCGUGACGGCGACAGUCCGGCUCCUUCCUCCUCAGUUGUAUCUUAUUUUUCUAAAAGUGUACCUCUGCGAUGAUGUGAAUGCUUUGCAGACUCUGACUGUGGCGCACUGACCUCCGCGGGGAGAACAAUUUCCUCCAAACCACGAGACGCCGCCGCCACAUUGAGGCCCAUCCACAUGACACGGAGCUCCAUUUGUGUACAAAAAGCCAUUUUUCCACACAUCACAAAAAAAAAUACUUUGCUGAAAUUUCUCUUCACCUUGCACCUGUGUAACAGGAACCCCACCCCCGCCCCCCGCCCUCGCUGCUCCCCUUCUUCUUCUUGCCGGAGAUGAGGAGAGACACGAUAUAUUUGUACAAAUUGUAUGAAAUACAGUACAUUUAAUGAAGACUUUUUAAUUAAGUGAGAAUAAAAAAAGGAAACAUGCCCCUGGGCAGCUAAGAAGGGUACGAGUCGCAGCGGUAGAAGACCUCCUGAGCGAGGAGAGGACGCCUCGGAGAAAAAAAAAGGGAGGAGGAGAAGGUGAGAAGAGACUUUAGAGAAAGGGCAGGCCUCGGUUUUCGCCUGCGUGAACUGUGUUGCAUUAAGUUUGCAGAGAGUCCGCGGCCCCGGCUGCAGGCGUCUCUCACUCUCUUUUUUUUUCUUUCUUUUUUUUUUGGAUGUGCUAUAGGUCUCGGGCAAUUGGUUUGUGUUGACGCGCGCACGUACACACACAUACACACAUACACACACGCACACACACACAAAAAGACUUUCUUCCUGCCCACAGAUUAUAUGCAUUGUGAAAAAAGUUCCUGUAUUUGUUAUUUGUAUGUAUAAAUCAGAGUACCAAAAAUACGAAAUAAACAAAGAUGUAGAAUUAUUUCUUUAUGUUAUGCAGACUGAAUGGUUGUAAAAAUUUAAUAAUAAUCACUAGUGUAAAAUAUGACUGCUUUUUGUUUCGUAAUUUUUUUUUCCCUCUUUGAAAAUAAUAAACUAGUUUAAUCUCUGU